UGGGCUUUGGCCAUUUGGAAAAUGAGAGCCGCUCGACUUGCUGCUAUUGGAACGCUGCUGGCCAGCUGUUUGCUGGUGCUGCCCGUACAGUCGGCACCCGGUACACCGGAAGGCCGUGUGGUGGGCGGUGAGGAUGCCGCGAAGGCGCAGUUUCCCCACCAGGUGUCGCUGCGGAAUGCCGGUUCGCACAGUUGCGGUGGUUCGAUUAUUUCGAGGAACUUCAUCCUAACCGCCGCCCAUUGUGUGACCACCCAGGAUGCGAGUGGCAAUCUCGUUGCAUAUGACGCCGAUCGUUUCACCAUUCGAGCGGGUUCCAAUGAUCGCCUGAGUGGCGGCGUUCUUGCCCAGGUGGCCAAGGUGAUUGUCCACGAGGAGUACGGGAAUUUCCUCAACGAUGUGGCCCUGCUGCAACUGGAAACCCCACUGAUCCUGUCCAGCAACAUCCAGCCCAUCGAUUUGCCCACCGCCGACACGCCCGUCGACUCGGACGUCAUCAUCUCGGGCUGGGGAAGGAUCAAGCACCAGGGCGAUUUGCCGCGCUAUCUGCAGUACAACACCUUGAAGUCCAUAUCGCUGGAGAGGUGCGACGACCUCAUUGGCUGGGGGGUGCAGAGCGAGCUGUGCCUCAUCCACGAGGCCGACAACGGGGCCUGCAACGGGGACUCCGGCGGCCCGGCCAUCUACAACAACCAGGUGGUGGGCGUGGCCGGGUUCGUUUGGUCCGCCUGCGGAACCAGCUACCCGGAUGGUUAUGCCAGGGUUUACUUCCACAACGAUUGGAUCAGGGCGAACUCGGAUGUGAAAUAGAUAUAAAGUUUGUCUGCAGAUUGAUAACUAAAUAAAAUGUCGAUCGAUUAUUGAAAGUUUUGAGUCGGACUAUCGAUAAUAUCGAUUAUUUGUCAUA